AGAAAAGCAGUUAAAGUUGUUGCUAAAAUAGUCUGCUGAUGUGUGUUUCAAAAUGUGUUCAUCACUUGAUUUGUCUUUUACUGAACAAAGUGUCAGUGUGUGAAUUUCUCAAGUAGAAUAGUUGUGUGUGUCAAUGUGGAAACAAAACCGCCCGACAUGGAAACAAGCCUCAUAUAAUAGACGCGUAUAGUUCUGAUGACCAGAAAUGUAACCUGGAGUGAAAAACUUCACUUUUCAGUCAGACUGGAAGAGUUUUCGCACUUCUUAGUUUUCGUCUGUUGCAGCAGAAGUUCUUAACUGCUUGACACGUUUUCAUUAAAAAAGAACAAAUAGAGGAAGUGUUUUUUUUCUCAGAAUGUGUGAAUAGUUUAACUCAGCAGUUCACUUUCUGAGUCUGUUUUUCUUCACCGAAGCAGAAGGAGCAUCUUCAUGGCGAGCUCACGGAGGAGAGUCUGGCUGCGUUUGGCCGUCGAUCUUCUGGUGUGGUCAGCAGCUUCAGCAGAAGCUCUACAGCAGCCCAGCAUCAACCUGACCUCCCCUGACGACGGCCUGGUGUGGGGUCCCGACGGAGCCCGGAUCACCAGAGGUCACAGCUUCAGCUUCACCUGCUCCGUGGGCUCCGGCCACCCUCCGGGACAGUUCAGCUUGGUCUUCUCGCGCUCCAACGAGAGACUCGAUCAACUGCCGGCGGUCAACAACGUGGCCUCCUUUCACUUCCCUGCAGCCGACUAUCAUCACCAAGGAAACUACAGCUGUCUGUAUGAGGACACCGUGUCGCCCGGGAACUUCCCUCCCUUGAAGACAGAACCCAUCGUGGUCUUCAUCACAGCCGCGGUGCCUCUGUGGGUGGUGGCCUCCUCCAUCGCCGGCGGGGCCCUGGUGUUCCUCCUCCUGGUCCUGAUGGGGGUCGCUCUGAUCUGUUGGACCAGGCGAAGCCUGGACGUUCCCAAAGCCAUCGUCCAAACCCAACCGACGGCCACCGGCAGCUUUCAGGAAAAUGAUUACGAUGAAGAGGAGGAUGAUGAUGAUGAUGACUACAUGAACGUUGACCAAGACGACUCUCAGUUGAAUCCAAGACAGCACGCGCAACGGCCGCAUUCAGAAGAGGAGGAUGAUGAUGAUGAUGACUACAUGAACGUUGACCAAGAGGACUCUCGGAUGGAUCAAAGACAGCACGCACCGCGGCCGCAUUCCGACGGGGAAGAUGAGAAUGUGGACUUCCAGGAUAAUUAUGUGGUGGCCAUGGAGCUCCGCAGCGUCUCGGCACGUGGUGAAGCAGAGGACGGGGAGGGCAGCAGUGACGAAAAUGAAUAUAUAAACGUGUCGAACUUCGUCACUGAGCAAGCCGUAGAUACUCGCAGAGAUAUGCAGGACAUUUAUGAAAACUUUAAGGUUUUAGGUUGAUUUGACUGAGAAUUCAUUUUCACGUUUCUCAUUAGCUUUUAGGAAAUGUAUUUACUCAGUUCUUAUUGUCAUUUGGUCUGCCUGAACCACACUGGAACUCACUGAGCUCCUCACAACAACAUACUAUUCCACUGUCUGUAGAAACUGAAUCACCUGAUUUGAUACGCGUGUGGCCGCUGAAGAGACCGGAACACCGGAAUUCAGUGACAUGAGGAGCUGAGCAAGUCACGGUUUUUACUGCAGCUCAUAAAAAACUGAGUUCUGUCAUUUUAUCCAAACAUACUGGGAAGCCAGUAAACACCAUGUGUGCAGGAAACGUGUUGAUAUCAUUCACUCGUCACGCUUCCUGGUCUCCGUCAGAGAACAUUUGCAACCAGUUUACGAGAAGCUUGUUGUUUUAAUACUUUACGUUUUUAAUAAUACAACAUCAGAUUUCUUUCAUAUAAAAUCCAGGUCAACUAUUAAAAGCUACAAAACUUAGUUUUGUUUUUAGUAUACCGUCAGCAUACAGUUUGAGGGGAAACUGGGGAUUCUGGGAGGAUUCCCUUAAUGUGCACAAAUAAAUGUCCAGGUUAAAGCCUCCAUCUUUCUGAGUUUUGACGCCCUGAGGUCAACUGUCUCUUCUCAAUUAAUAAAAUUAGCUGCUGACUCUGUAAUGUUAUUCAGCGACGACCCUGAACUCCAACCAGAAGUCGUUCUUCACUGAAUCAUCCUGUUUUCAAAAUAAA